UCUAUUUAGUUGUCUUGCUUUGAGCUAACGAUAAGACGUGUUUAUCGAAAAGCGCCCUUUUGCCCACCUUAUCUGGAAGUUCUUUUUGGUCAAACUCUUACAAGCGGGACUGUUAUAUCCAAUCAAAUACAUGAUGCUUCUCUUAACCUGUGGAUUGGUGAUGCUGGCGACAGCUGCCUCUCGUGGAGCCGUUUCGAGGGAAACCCCUGAAGGUGAACUUGUUGUAAAAGCCAUGAGCUUUAUCAUCCCGAAUACCCAGCCCCCUUCCGGCGUUGUGACUAAAGUCGCGGGAAUAGUCAGGAUGAUGCAGCCGAAAUCUGGUGGCGAAACUACCAUGACUGUUAACUUACUAAAUCUUCCUCCAAACACACCUCACGGCUUCCAUAUUCACGAGUUUGGAGAUACUUUUUCACAGGGGUGCCAGAGUACUGGUAGUCAUUACAAUCCGUUCAAUAUGACCCACGGAGGACCGCUGGACAAGAAACGUCAUGUUGGUGACCUAGGAAACGUGUACUCAGAUGAGAGGGGAAUGAUCAGUACGAAGAUUGUUGACCACCUAGUGUCUCUCGUAGGGGAGUACUCUGUCCUGGGAAGAUCUUUUGUGAUUCAUCAGAAAAUCGAUGAUCUGGGUCGAGGUACAGGGCCAGCUAGAAAUGAGAGCUUAAAAACUGGAAAUGCAGGUCCGCGAUUGGCAUGCGGUGUUAUCUUCUACAUGCCUACCAACUAAGUAUAGUAAAGAUUCACCGUCUUGUGAUACCAUACCG